AUGAAUGAAAAGGAAAAAACCCUUCUACAUUUUGUUAAGAAUAUUAAUGAUGUUGGUAGAAGAAAAGUUAUGAAAAAGAACUUGUUAUUAUUAGGUUAUGGAAAUAUAAAUAAAUAUUCAUUUAAUCAAAAUGAUAAAAUAUCCACAUACCAUUCUUUUUUAGAUUUGGAAAAAUUAUGUAAAAAUAAAUAUGUAAAAUCAAUUUUAUACCAAAAAGCUAGCUCUGUUUUAUUUAAGAACCUGAACAAGUCAUGUAACUUUUUGAAUGAGAAAUGGAAUGAAACUUUUAUGAAUUGUAUUAAAAAAUCGUUAUUUUAUAAUCCGUUAAAUAUAAUGACUUUAUUUAAUUUAAUAUAUUAUUAUAACAUAAAGAUGGAUGUAAAGAAUAGCUUAUUCUAUUCAUAUUUAUUACAUAUUAUACUUAUGAAAAUAUGGAAAAAAGGUUUUUAUAGGACAAAUAUAGCUAGCCAAAAUAAUAAAAAAAAAAAAUUAUAUAUAAAAAAAAAAGUGGAUAAGCAAAAAAAUGUGGAUACACCAAAAAAUGUGGAUACACCAAAAAAUGUGGAUACACCAAAAAAUGUGGAUACACCAAAAAAUGUGGAUACACCAAAAAAUGUGGAUACAAAAAAACAUUUGGAUACAUAUAAUAACAUAUGUAUAAAUAAGAAUACCCUAAGAUAUAUUCUUUUUUCAUUAUAUAAUAAUAAGUGUAGAGGAGAAUGUUUAAAAGAUGAUUACAAAAUAAAUUUAAUAAAAAGCAUAAUAAAUAAAUGGGAAAUUAUUCCAUUUAUUAAUGACAAAUUGUUACUUAUCUUAAUGUUGGAGAAUUUACAAUUUUUAUAUUCGAAUAAUUAUAAAUUGGUCUCUGUACAAAAGGUUAUAUAUUAUACAAACCUCACAUUAAAAAUAUUAAAAUUAAAUAAAAUAUAUAAUUAUAUAAAAGGAAAUUAUCUUUUUCUAACUACAAAUAUGUACCUUAUAAAAGCACACUGCCUUCUUAUGUUAAAUUGUAUUGAUAAAGUUAAAAAAAAUAAAAAUAAAAUUGAAUAUUCAAAGCAACAAAAGGAAUUUCAUAAUAAUCAUAUGAAUGAAUAUUUAUUAUACCAAGAAGAUAUAGAUAAUAAAAAUAAUUAUAUGUUUAAUUAUGAUGAUAUUUUAAGUGAUCGUAAUCAUGAAAAGGAUAUAUACAAUAUGGUUGAAUUAAAUCACAAAGAAAUAGAACAAAUGUUACAUGAACUGUUCAGGAAUAAUAUAAAAUCCGAAAAUGAAGAGAUAACAACACAAUUAACAAAAAAUGUAAAAGAUAAAAAAUAUAUGAAUGGAAAGAAUAUAGAAAAUAUUUUUAAUUUAAUGGAUAUAAAUAAUAUUGAGUAUUAUGAGAAAAGAUUUAUAUCUUUUUUAAUAAAUGAGAAAGAUAUAAAUAAAGAAGUGUGUAAAAUGAAUGAUUAUUUUGUACAUCCAUAUGUUAAUGUAAAAAAUACUUUAAGUAUUUUAAAUGAAUGUAUACAAUUUUGUUUAAAUAAUCGUAAGUAUAAAUUUUUAUCUCAAUUUUUUAUAUGGAGGGCUCGUAUAUUUUUUCAUUUAGCAAAAUUUCAUAAAUAUGUUUUAUCGGAUUGUUGUAAGGCUUCACUAUUUAAUAUAUAUGCAAGUGCAUAUUUAAGUGAUGAGACGAUUGAACGAGAAAAAAAAAAUUACAGCAAUAUCAUAAUCAAAAACAACAUCAAUAAUAAUAAUAAUAAUAAUAAUAAUAAUAAUAAUAAUAAUAAUAAUAAUAAUGAUAAUAUUUGUGUUAGCCAUAGUUGUAGUAAUCAUAAUUAUAAUCACAAUCUUUAUAAUUUUUAUAACGAUCAGGAUAUCUACUCUUGUUAUAAUUUAAUGAUUACCUCUUUAAAAAAAAUGAACAAACUUCAUCCUUUCGAUUUAUACAUAGCUUAUAUGGUAAAUAAAAAUACAGAUAAAUUAAAAAACAUGUCAAUUCAAAAAAAUAAUUAUUAUCAACACCCAAAAAAAGAAACCUUCAUAAAUGAAAGAAAACAUCAAUAUGCAUGGUCCCGAUCUUAUCAAGAUCAAAUGGUUUUAAAUUUUAUUAAACAAAAUAAAAAGAAAAUACCUUUUAUUAUUUAA